GCAGUGGUGGUGGGCGAGAGAGCACAAUCGGACCAAUGCGGUGUGCGGCCUAGCGAAGAGGAACUGCUGUUUGCUUGUGAACCAUGUACAGAGUACUGUAGCCGACGACAAAAGCUGCGCCUGAGGCCACUACUACAGAUGGGUUACGGUGUGAACCCUCCCCGCAAGCGCUAUCGCCCAGCUGGACCGACCAACCUACCAAAGCUGGGCAGGCGGGCGGCGUGUGUCAGCAGGCAGCCCAGUCGCCGCAAUUGGUUCGCCUGUUUUGCCCGUAUCGCGCUGGCCGCAGCUGCCCGCCCCCAGCUUCAGCCCAACCUAGCAGGCAGAAACACAGUGGAACUACAGUUGCCUUUUAGGUACAUCCGGUCUGUAACUUUCAGCACUGCACUAACCAGUAGCAGCACCAGCCAAAAAGCCAAGGCAGCCUUUUAGCUUUCCUCGUGCUCGUCAUCUCCAAAAACCCGCCAGUUGCAUCGCCAUCCCGCAGCAUCACGCACAACCCCGGGGGAGAACGACAUCGCUGCUGGGACCGCCUCUUCCCUUUUUUCCCUCGUUCGUUUUAAUUAGCGGGCGCAUCUGUAUUUUCUUCGCCGCAGUUGCUCCCCCUCCCCGCACGCAUACAUGAUUUAACGCCUCUCGCUUACACUCGCCCCAAUCAACAACCGCUCACCUCUCCCCCGACGCCUCCGCAUCUCUACCGCGCACGGCGAACCAAACACCAGCCUCGCCUCAUCUCGAUACUGGCUGGGCACUGACGCCCUUGCCAUCCCCGAGACUCGUGCUUUUGCGCACGCGAAAGCGAUAACUCAUAUACCCGCAUAGCUACACAGUAUUGUUUAUGGCAGCGCCGCCAUGGCCGUACUAACAGAUACAAACGGCACGUCUGCAGCGUCCGCCACAAAUGGCGAGACGUCGAGAUUCAAGGCUAGUGUAGACCGCAGCCUCGACCAAGACUCAUAUGAUAGCAGGCCAUCGACCGCCAUGGGCCUCAAGAACGGCAUCCUGCCCACCGAGACAAAAGACGACACCAACCACCAGCCACAGCGCGAGCAACGGCCGACUCGCCCAACCAAGCCCUUGCUGCAACGGUCCAAGAGCGACUAUGCACCGAAUCAACGGCACGACGACAUAGACGACUCCGACGACGAGAUGCAAGUCUGGGGAGCCAGACACGGCUUCGAAGACCACUACCAAUCAGAGCACAUCAUUACCCAGCUCGCCACCAACUGGUGUAUGUACUUUACCGACAAGCGUCACGAGACCACAGGCAAACCCAAACGCAUACAGAUUGAGCUGCACGACUGGCGCCAGCGCGACAGACUUAAAACAGUCUCUGCAGCGCUCGCCGUCUGCCUCAAUAUUGGCGUCGAGCCUCCCGACCAGCUCAAGACCACGCCUGGUGCCAAGCUCGAGGCCUGGACCGAUCCCACCAUCCCUCCCGUCCAGAAGGCCCUCGAAAAUAUCGGCAAGGCUCUUCAAGCUCAAUACGAAACUCUUGCGAUUAGGGCACGAUACAAACAGUAUCUCGAUCCGUCUGUCGAAGAGACCAAAAAGUUCUGUCUCUCGCUGAGGCGAAACGCAAAGGACGAGCGAGUCCUUUUCCACUACAACGGCCACGGCGUGCCCAAGCCCACAGCGUCUGGCGAGAUUUGGGUCUUCAACAAGAAUUAUACACAAUACAUCCCCGUCUCCAUCUCGGAACUGCAGCAGUGGCUCCAGGCUCCCACCAUUUUUGUCUGGGACUGCUCCGAAGCCGGAAACAUCCUUACCAACUACCACCGAUUCGUCGAGAAACAUGAGGAGGAGGAAGCCGAGGCGUCGAAGCGCGAUCCUCAUCAUGAGAAGAUGACCUUCCGACCAUAUAUUCAUCUUGCUGCUUGCGCCAUCAAAGAGAACCUCCCAUCCAACCCACUUCUCCCGGCCGAUCUCUUUACUGCCUGCUUGACCACACCUAUCGAGAUGGCGCUAUGGUUCUUUGUUCUACAAAACCCGCUCAAGACGAAUCUUACACCAGAGAGAGCCAAGAAGCUACCGGGCCGACUUCAAGAACGUCGCACGCCGCUUGGUGAGCUCAAUUGGAUCUUUACCGCCAUUACCGACAGCAUCGCCUGGACCACCCUCCCCCGAGACCUCUUCCGCAAGUUCUUCCGCCAGGACCUCAUGGUGGCAGCCUUGUUCCGAAACUUCCUCCUCGCUCAGCGUGUCAUGACCGUCUACGGCUGCCACCCUCAGUCGUAUCCCGCGCUGCCCGACACUCAUCAGCACCCGCUCUGGGCAACAUGGGAUCUUGCCGUCGACAUGGCCCUAGCACAGCUUCCCAUGCUCGAGAAGAAGGAGCACGAAAGCGUCGAGUACGAGUAUCAAAACUCGACCUUUUUCACCGAGCAGCUCACAGCCUUUGAGGUGUAUCUGGCAAGAGGCGACGCUUUAGCCCAGAAACCACCAGACCAGCUACCCGUAGUGCUUCAAGUCUUGCUGAGCCAACAACACCGAGUGCGAGCGCUUAUUUUGCUAGGUCGAUUUUUGGAUUUGGGCCCAUGGUCUGUGCAGCUUGCUCUUAGCAUCGGCAUCUUCCCCUAUGUGCUGAAGCUCCUCCAGUCAGCAGCGGCAGAACUGAAGCCCGUCAUGGUCUUUAUCUGGACCAGACUGAUUGCCGUCGAUAUUUCUUGCCAGCAAGAUCUCAUCAAGGACAGCGGCUACAGCUACUUUGCUCAGAUUCUCAAGCCGUCCGAGAGCCUGCCCAUUGUUGACGGUGAGGAGCACAAGGCCAUGUGCGCCUUUAUUCUCGCCAUGCUGUGCAAGGGCUACCGCAACGGCCAGAUGGUUUGCAACCAGACUGACAUUAUGUCGUACUGCUUGGUCCACGUGCAGAACCAAAAGAACCACCUCCUACGCCAAUGGGCUUGCCUGUGCAUUAGCCAGCUUUGGCAAGAUCUCCCCGAGGCCAAGUGGAGAGGCAUUCGCGAGAAUGCAUAUGUGACCCUGUCGGCGCUUGCCAAGGAUCCGUGCUGCGAGGUCCGCGCCGCCAUGGUCCACGCCAUGACCACGUUUUUGGGCAUCCCCGAUAUCACCGAAGAGGUUGCCCGCAUCGAGGAAUCUAUUGCCUGGACCGUUUUGGAUAUGGGAACUGACGGCAGUCCUCUGGUGCGCAAGGAAUUCAUUGUGUUCCUGUCACACUUUAUCGUGCGAUUCGAGAACAAGUUCCUCGUCGCCGCAUACGAGCAGCUCCUGGAAGAAAAGGAGUAUCUGCUGUUCCCUCCCCAGAAUGACGGGCAAGACCACAAGAUGGGUCUACACUACGCCCGCCAGGCUAACCGUCAAAAGGACGGCACGAUUAAGCCAACGAGCCAUGGGCUGUCGCACAACACUGUCUACAUGGCAUGCUGGAAGCAUGCUCUAAUCCUCAGCGUUGACCCUCACCCCGAAGUACAAAAGGAGGCCACCAUUGUGGUUGACUACCUUCACAAUGCUCUCAUCAACUCAUCCAUUGGACCCUCUGCGCAGUCGCUCAUGUCCGACAUUCGCCGCUACACUAACAGAGCGGCCUACCGAAACGGCACCGCGAACCAGCGCCGAAGUCUCAUUGUCGGCCAGUCAGCACAGGCACCACCAUCUCCAGGCUUGCUGCGCCGUACCGCCAGUCUACUCUUCCAGUCUUUUAUUGGAGCCGACGAACGCCCCAGACCCAGCACGCCAACUGGACAAGGUAGUGCCCCUUCUCUGCCCAGAUCGCCGUCGUCUGUGCCACCCGAUCAAGUAUCUGCACCUCCUGAGCAAAACGACCAGACGGCUCCGCUGUCAUCCUAUCACGCUGCCCGCGAGCCGCUGUCUGGCGAAUAUCAAGAGAGAAACCUAACCAAGACGCCAACACUGCCGUUGCCGAGUUCGUUCCUCGGGUGGUCGAUAGAAUACUUCCGCCAACCCCAGAUGAAGAACAACGAGGCCGAUGAGCCCGGCAGUACCGACUACAAUGAGCGACUCUGGCGACGAACGCGCAACGAGACGAUUCUUCGUGAGACGCAGCCACUUAAGCAGCUGGCAGGCACACACAAGUGGAACAACCAGCUUGGCAUCAUCAACAACGGCUGCCAGCCUGCCAAGAUGACGUUCCAUCAGUACGAGGACCACUUGGCCGUGUCCGACGAUGGCAACACGGUGCAAGUCUGGGACUGGAAGCGCCAGGGCCGUAUGAGCAAGUUCUCCAACGGCAACCCCGAAGGGUCCAAGAUUAGCGACAUGAAGUUUAUCAACGAGGACGACCAGGCCUUUUUGCUGACGGGCUCCUCGGACGGCGUGCUUCGCGUCUACCGCAACUACGAGUCUGACCGGGACAUUGAGCUGGCGUCUGCUUGGCGCGCGCUCACGCACAUGGUGCCCAGCAACGUCAACUCGGGCAUGGUGUUUGACUGGCAGCAAGUCAAGGGCCGUGUUCUGGUAGCAGGCGAUGUUCGCGUGAUUCGAGUCUGGUACGCCGCCACGGAGACGUGUGUCAUGGACAUCCCAGCUCGAUCAGGCUCGUGCGUAACAUCGUUGACUUCGGACCAGAUGACGGGCGACGUCUUUGUUGCCGGCUUUGGUGACGGCGCUGUCCGCGUCUUUGACACGCGCCUGCGUCCCCAAGAUAGCAUGGUGCGCAAGUGGAAGGACGAGACGGACCGGCAAUGGAUCAAGUCUGUUCACAUGCAGCGAGGUGGCCAGCGAGAGCUGCUGAGUGCAAGCCGCAACGGCAAGGUCAAGCUCUGGGACAUUCGCAUGGACAAGGCCCUUCACUCGAUCCAGACGACCCGGGACACGCUGCGCACAGCAAGCACCCACGAACAUCUGCCCGUGUUCGCAGUAGGCACAUCAGCGCACACAGUCAAGGUGUUCAACCUCGAGGGCCAGGAGCUGUCGCGCGUCGAGCCGUAUUCGAGCUUCCUGCAGCAGAACCGCGGCUCAGCCAUCGCGGCGACAUCCUUCCAUCCUCACCACCCUAUUCUUGCGUGCGCCGCACGCGACGACAACCACAUCAACCUGUUUACCUGCGAGAAGACGGAGUCGCUGCUGGGCUAGCGAGCCAGCGCGCUGUUUCCCUUUGCUGACGUAUGGUGAUGUCUUUUUUUGACCUUCUCUUCACUGUAUCUUAUUCUCCUGAAGGAUAUUUGUUUAUUGUCUUGUUGUAUUCCUUCAUGUCAGCGUUGAUAUUCCCACUUGCUAUUUUGUUGUUUUUGUCUUUCUCUCUUUUUUUUGGUAUUGAAUAAUACUGUAAUCCUGGAUAGGAAGCAUGAAUUGCAAUUCCGUUUUUAUUAUUGAAUGUUUGAACUAUCUACUGUGAACUAUAUGUACUGCUAACUUGUGCGAAGUGCAUAAUCCCCC